UUUAAAAUUUUUAUUAUUCUAUUGUUUUUAAUUUUUACCGCCAAUUAUUUUAUCAUUGUGGCUUUAUAAUAAGUUAACUGAUAAACAGCACGUUUGAAUUGCCUGAAACUUAAAAAGCCAUGCCAUGUUCAAUUUUUCUAUAGUAUUUACUAUUUUUUCAAUUUUUAUUUUAAACUUAAGAUCAUAUCAUUAAGUAAUACUUCAGUAUGAAACUUCACGGAUUACAAAACUGAAUUUUGAACAUGGAACUCUCUUUAAACAUCGAACAACUUCAAUUAAAAUCUGAGUAUUUACAUUCCAACCCUAGGUGUACACACUUUCAUAAAAAUGUAGAAAAUCCUUUAUUUAUUUCAUGGGAUGAUUGUGUCACUGUCUUAUACUCUUUAAACAAUUUAGAUGAGGCUAGUGUUUGGAAUCCUAUUGAGCCUGUGAUCUUGCCUAUAAGUAAUCCAAUAAUAUCAGUAUUUACAUUUGGUUUAAAAAUUUAUUGUAUUGAUAAAAAUGGAUCAGUAUAUCAUCUUAAACAAAUUCAUCGUGAUUCUCCAGACUUAUUUGGUUGUUCUUCUGUACAAGUUUCUCCUCAACUACAAUCUUGUGAUUGUAAAUGGAUUUCUUUUUACUCUCAAAAAUAUCCAUGUAAUAUUUUUGGCAUGUCUUGUUAUUCAGAGGGUAUAGCUGUGAUUACAACAUUAAAUGAAUGGAUAACCAUUCAAUUUUUGCAAAUUAACAUUGAUGACGAUGGUGAACCAGUAAUUCACAAUAAUUGUAGUCAGCAAAUUAGGCAACAGAAACAGUUUCCAUUUGUAGUUACUUCUUUUGUAUCUUGUACUUGGAGAGAUUGGUUUACCUGUCAACGGGCAAAAGAACUCUUUGGAUCAAAUGUUAUAAACAGUCGAGAUAUCUUUAUACUAGCCACAGAAGAAUCAAAAGUAUAUUAUUCAACAUCUGAUGUGACCUGUAAAAAUGUGUCAUUAUUUCUAAAUUGUCCACAAAAAAUUGUGCACAUUCAGUUUUGUGAUUUUGAAUCAAAAAAAAUGCUGUUAGUAUCAUCUAGUGGGAUUCUUACGGUGAUGGACUGUGUUGAAAGUGUUGCGUCAUCAUUCAUUUACUUGUCAGUUACAGAAGUAGUUGCUAUAUUUUUUGUUGAUUGUACAAUAAUUUUGAGUGAUAGUAUUCAUUUAUUUAUUAUAACAUUGGAUAAACAUUUUUCAAAAAUAGUAAAGCAAGUUGUAACUCCAUUGAAAGGAGUUCUUUCAUUACAUAAAUUUCUGUUAAAUAACAUUAUUGCCAUGACCCAAUUAAAUAAAGUUUACAAGUUAUCUCCUAACUACCAAAUUAUCACUCAAGAAGAAAAUAAAUUUAAAUUCAACGAAGAAAUUGUCCUAAAAAAAAUAAAAGAUCUAUGUAAAAAUGUCGAAUCCAUAGAAAAACAACAAGAAAAAAUGGAUUUAUUCAUCAAUGCAGUAUCCAUUGUUGCACGAAAAGAUUUAAUUGCACAAUAUUGUUCAUUUGAUGUUUUAAUUUAUUCAGGUGCCAAAGCAGUAAAAUUAGGAGCUUGUCAAGAUCAAUAUAUUUUAGCAAUUAAAUUGUCUACAGACUGUCCAUGGUUAUCGUUUUCAUCUACAAUUUGGCAACUCUUGGUUCGUGUCACAGAUAGUAAAAAUUCAUCAUCAAACUGUGGUUUACAUCCUUUUAAUAUAGAUUUGUUCAAUAAUAAUCAUCCAUUAAUAGUGAAACACCAUUUAUUUGCUACACUUGCUGAAAAUUGUACAUCUGGUUUUGUGUAUUGCGAUUUAGUGUGCCAAGUACAAAAUGAAUUAAUGAAUCGUUUUUUGAUUAUUCCUUUAAAUCCAGUAAAAUUGAAUGCUUUAUAUUUUGUCAAAGCUGAAAAGCGAGAAAAAAUACCAGUAAUUAAUCCUAUGGAAGAUCGACAUAAAUAUGUGUUUAAAUAUCCUGAUAAUUUAUCCUUAACAGAAUGUUUAACUAUUAUUACAGAACGAAAUAAACAUAGAAUAUCAAAAUCAUUGUACACAAAUAUAACUGUUAGUACGCCGAAAACAUUGUAUUUUAACUUAUUUGACAAGAUAGUCUCUAUUACUUUUGACAACGAAAUUACAAAAACCAUUGUCUUGGAAUGUAUUAAUCUAGAUGCUUUAAUUUCUGUUCGUAAUGCAGUUUUUAAUGAACUAUCAAAUGAUCAGUCGGUGAAUAUAAAAUAUUCUGUUUUAGCUGAUACCCAAAAACAGCUGUGUGUACUAGAAGAAUUAUCAGAAAGAGAUAGACUUGAUGAAAAUAUCAUUAAAGAAAUUAAAUCUAAAAUUCUGAAUCAGAUAAGUGUUAAUCUUCCUGCGUAGCCUGAAGUUAAUACACGCAUAUAAAAAUAAUAAAUAUUUUAUUGUU